AAAUCAUACCGAUCGUAAUAAAACGUAUCAUUGCGGAGAUUUUCGAGCCGAUCAGAAAGGGGCGCAUGUCCUCGAUUUAUUCGGCGGGUCCAGCAAAGAAGACGAUUCCACAACCACCCUUCUUCGUGUCGCGAUGUGGUGAAACUUCAACUGCGUAUAUUUCGCGAGUGCGAAUCUUGGGAAAUCAAUACCGCCAUGUCGGCCACGAGCACUCCGAGGAAGAAACCAGCUUUUCCUGGUUCCUUGACAGACCUUCACAGAUUCAGGAAAACAGUUCACGGCUCAGUUCACGGUCAUAAUGGAUCCAGUAGGAUCGUGAUGGUGAGGAAGACUGACCAAAGAACGUUCGCAUCGUUGAAAAACGGACAGGAGCCACAGAUUGAGACGAUAACCAGAGAGACAAUCGAAACAUUUAGAGGUCCAAGAACGGCAUGUAAAGUUACAACGGAAAAAAAAGACUGUGGGGAGGAAGUCCCCCCUGACAUUUUUGCAAAUUUGAUGAUGAAAAGUAGGAGUUGCAGUAGACUAGACAGCAAACCGACUCCAACGAAGUCGAGAUACUCCCUGAUGGACACCUUCGCCAAAGAGUGCCUCCAGGCGCACAACGAAUACCGCAAGAAACACGGCGUCCCAGCCCUCAAACUCAGCAAAGAGAUCUGUCGCGAGAGCCAGAAAUGGGCCGACCAUCUGAUCAAAGCAGGAGGCUUGGCGCACAGCAACAACGACAAAUACGGUGAGAAUAUAUUCUACAUCCAAUGCAGCAAUCCAAACUUCACGGUGAAAGGUAACGUGCCUGUGGAAAAUUGGUACAAGGAGAUAGACAAACAUCCCUUCGGCGUGGAGCCGAAAAACCUGGAAUCAGGACAUUUCACCCAGGUCGUUUGGAGGGACUCCAAGGAGCUGGGGGUUGGUUAUGCGAAGUCGGGAGGUGAAGUGAUUGUCGUGGCAAAUUAUUACCCUCCAGGAAACUACGUUGGGAGGUAUGUCGAGAACGUGCCACCUCUUGGGAGCACACCUGCCAAAGUGAGCGAACUGGCUCGUGAUGUUCACAAGAUAUCAAUCAGGGGAGCUGAUGAUUCUCUUCACGUAGGUACUUUCGAAAAAGAUUUUCUGGAAGCCCACAAUAAGUACAGGGCUUUGCAUGGUGUUGGGCCAUUGGAGUUAGAUAGGAAGUUGAGCAAAUACGCUGAAGAAUGGGCUAGGCAUCUAGCCUUCAGGAACGUUCUGGAAACGCGACCGAAUUGCAAUUACGGGGAAAAUAUAUUCAAGGUUUCAUCGACAGAUCCAUCAUUCACCCUGGAAGGAAAUGUUCCUGUUGAGAAAUGGUAUGAAGAGGGAAAGAAGCACGUUUAUGACCGAGAACCUAAUGAUUUAAGCACAGGCUAUUUCACCCAACUCAUUUGGAAGUCGAGCAAACAGUUAGGAGUUGGUAUAGCGAAACAUCAGGGCAGCAUCAUAGUCGUCGCCAAUUAUUCUCCAGCGGGUAACUUCGUUAAGCAAUUCGUUGAAAAUGUCCCUCCACCCCUAAGGCCAGGUUCAAUAUCUCCGACCAAGGCGGAAACCAACAACAACGUCCAUCACAACGAUAGGAACCAAGUCGAAUACUCCCAGUUCGCUUUGGAGGGACUGAAGGUGCACAAUGAAUAUCGUAAGAAACACGGAGUGCCAGAGAUGAGGUUGAACAAAGAGAUGUGCGAUUAUGCCCAAGAAUGGGCAGAUACUUGUGCCAGAAGCGGAAGGAUGUCUCACCGUCCAAACAGCCCUUAUGGAGAAAACAUAUUUUAUAGUUAUUCCUCAGAUACCAGCGCCACACCCAGUGCACGGGAUGCUGUGAAGGCCUGGUACGACGAGGUCAAAAUGCACACCUACGGCGUCGAAACUAUGAAUACGGGAACGCUGCAUUUCACACAGGUUGUGUGGAAAGAAAGCACCGAACUCGGCAUAGCGUUGUCCAAAAAUAAGAAGGGCGAAACAUACGUAGUGGCCAAUUAUAAUCCUAGGGGUAACUUCAUGGGACAGUUUGUUCAGAAUGUACCCAGACCUAGACAAUGACGAAUGAAAUUUUCCACCAAGAAAGUUACCUUCACUAUUUGACAGGUUUUACUAUAUUUCGAUUUAUUAUCAACUAAAAUUUUUCAAAUCGAUAUAGCACUCUAAUAUUAUGUAAUACGAAUUGUGAGAGUAAGAUUACAGACAAUUUUAGGUAAGUCUGUUCAGAAUCAGUACCUGUAAUUAAUCAAUCACUAACAAAUUUUGAAACACUUAAUCAUUCCAAAAACAUGUUCUUCCAUUCCAAAGAAAUUAUUCUAUAAGUUGCUUUCUUGAUGUGAGUCAAGUAAUUUUUUUGAAUGCCAGUAUUAGCGGAACAUUCCAAAGAUAUUUUUAAUUAUUCACUGAGAAAAGUUUUACCAAUCAAAUAUUUCCACAUAAUCGUGUGAUAGAUUCAAAAAGUGUGAUCUACUAAGACUGUUAUUGUUGUUGUCGAGUGAUAAAUGAAAUCCCUCCAAUAUCUCUUUAGUCAAUGAAUUCCAGUAGUGUGUAAGAAUCAAUUGUUAUGUACUACAGUCACAUAUUUUUUGACUUUUUUGAACUAUUUUAUCUCGCUUGAGAAUGGUGGAUGUCGAACGUCGACUUCCAGAUUGGUACUUAAGGCGUUGCUUUGCAAACUUUUGUACAGCACAUUUGAAGAGAUAGAUUAUUUCAUUCUCUGGAUUAUAUCAUUAUAAUCUUACUAUAAAAUAAAAUUUUCUUUCGGA